ACACACACACACACACACACACGGCCUUUGCUACCUGAUCUUGGCAUCAGUUUGUAUUUGAAGCUCAGUAAGCUCUAAAAUGACUGCUUACAGCCUUUGGUAUAUUUUUUUGUGUUUAUCUUCAUGGCUGAUCUCAAGACAGAGAAAGGAAACUUUAUUGGAAGAAGAAUAUAGAAUAUUUUUCUAAGUCACCCUUCUUGUCCUUCUUAAGUUUAAGCUGGCCAGAAGUAUAUGGUAGUAUUUAUCUCCUCCGAUAUUUUGGUUUGUAAAUGUAUUUAUUGAUUUCAAAAGAAGUGAAAUGCAGGAUUAAGAUUUGUCUGUAGAAAUACAUCAUGUAUAUAUAUUUUCAUUUUCAGACAAAUCCCGAGAAAACAUUUUUUAAAUUACAUUGAAUACAUUUUAAAAAUUAGUAGCCAAACCCCUAAUAAGCAAUUACCAAUUUCAGAGAUUAAAACAUUAUUUUCUAUUUUAAGGAGAUGAAUUGUUCCCAUUUGGGGAAAGUUGAUUUUCCAAUGUAAUAAAUUAAGGCACUUUUUAGAGAACUGCAGCCUUCAUCUACCUCCAGAAGAUGCUUUGCUUUUCUUGUUUAAUUAAAGAACUGCUUGCACAAAUGUGGGUUAAGCCUUAAAAAGCACAGCUAAUUAAUUAAACUCAGUGAAUCUCCCAAAGCAUAAUGAAGGUCAGGUCAUUACCUAGUCUAGAUAGGAAAAUCCUAGAAAGAAUCAGGAAUGCUUAUACUCUCUAGGGUUUGAGACACAGCUAGUAUUGUAAAUACAUAAUACUCUAAUUGAAGUAUUUUAUCCAUGUUCAGUAUAAUUAAACUUAGAAUAUUUAACUUCUUUCUUUUUUUUAAAUUUAAUGUUCAAAUUUAAUUUCAUUUUUUAAAAUUAAAAUGUAAUUCAAACAGAAGACAAGUGAUUCCUCUAAAUUUAUAAAAAGUUUUUCUUGCACAUACUAAUUUUCUAGAGCCAUUGUCCUGGCAUGUAAUUUGAAAUUAAGCUAUUUAAUUGUAUAUGGCAAAGAAAAAAAUAUAUAUUGGUAGUAAAGCUUAAUUGAAUUUGUAUUAUUUGCCCUCCUCAUGUAUCUAAUUAAAUAAUUUAGAGCAAUUACCACAUUUUGUUUUUAACUUGAGUAGUGAAGAAUUUAAAUUUUGCUAAACUUCUUACGUGGGGGUAGAAAAAAAGGUUUCUUUUUUUCUUACUGUGUUGGUUCCUUCCUUAUUCAGAGAAGUCAAGAUGAGUGAAAUCCAUCUUUGGAAAAUGUUUCUUUAUGAAUGAAAAUAAACUUACACUUUAUUAUUUUUCCAUAUUGCAGAGACUACGUUAGCUUUUGGAAACAUUUAUGUUAUGAAGUAAUGUGCUUUUAAUGAAUAGUAACAAUCGAGGAUGUUUUCUAUGGCAACUGUGGUAACGUAAUGAUAAACUUUGGAAGGCCACCUCUCUUGCUUUUUGAGCUUGGAUAACCCAGUGAACUUGCUGUUUGUUGUAGGAUGGUGGAGAAUGCAAGCCUGAGGCCUCCGGAGGCUUCUUGAGCAACUUAGCUGAGAAGGUGCAGUUGGUUUUCCCUGAUGCUUGUCUGCCGAUUGAGUUGUACUUAACACUUGGGUAUAAACAUUAUGCGUAUUAAGAAUUUCUAAGUAUGUUUAUUGAUCUUAAGAAUGAUUCACCAAAAAAUUUCUUCAAUUUUUAAUAAGUUUUGUUUCCUGUUACAGUAGUGUUACUGAGAAAGUUAUGUCACACUCAUAUAUUUCUACAUCAUCUGUAACCCAUUUGUUUUUUUAAAAUUUGAUUUGUAUGCUAGAGUAGAGCACGGAUUUGUAAGCUAUGUGCUGUGGGCCAAAUGUGGCCCAUUGCCUGUUUUUGUAAAUAAAGUUUUAUUGGAACACAGCCACACCCAUUUGUUUAGUUAUUGUUUGCUUUUGCACUUCAAUGACAGAGUUAAGUAGUCUCAACAAAGACCAUAUGUUCUGUAAAGUCAAAAAUAUUUAUUAUCUGUCCAAGUACAUUAAAAGUUUACUGACCCCUGUGCUAAAGUAUAAUCUAAGAUUAUUAUUUUUUUAAAUGCCAAAAGAAAUGCAGUCUGGUUUGCCGACUGCCAGUUAGUUAUUACUGACAAGGUUUUUGUUUUUAGUUUGACAUAAAAAUUAUUUUUAAUUUCUACCAGGAAAAUAAGAUUGGAUAUGUUGGGUAAAGGAAGAGCAUAAAAUGAUUUUAAACAUCCAGGUUUUCUUUCUCAAAUUUUCAUUUACAGACAAUGUAGUCAUUUAAACAUUUCAUGUGUAAGCAUUUGUCUUUGAAUGUCAAAAUACCGGAUGAGAUUUGAAUAUGAUGAUUAUCAACUCUUUUGAAAGAGGUAUCCAAAACAAAGUAAGUGAGAGCUGAGUGUGUUGUUGCUAAUAAAAUUGCACUGGAUCUUUUAGAAAAAAACAUUUUCUCCUGACUCUUAAAUGUCUUCAAAAACAAAUGCCAAGAAUUCAUUAUAGCAGCAGACAACACACCCAAAAUGCUGAGCUAGAGUUUAUAAAUCCACCUCCUAACCCAUCAUUUUUUCCUUUAAGGUUUAGUUUAUUUUCUUUUGAUUGCCAGCUCACAUUUUUCUCCUUUUUCAUCUUGGAAAAAAUGACAUUCACCAUCCCUAGGACUGUUUCACCCUGCCUAGCCAUGUCAUUUUGUUGCCUGAAGAUGAACUAUUUCGCAAGGUUCCAACCUUGUCAUAUACGGAAGUUCCUUCCACCCAGCUCUAAUAACACAGAAUAGCCAGCUCACACCGAAGUUACUAAUAGGUCCACACACAGCAUUUUCAGCAGUCAUGCAAGCUGCAAAUCGCUCAUGGAGAGGGAGGAGUUUUCGUGUAUCAGUCUUCCUGAGUUGAGAUGGGCCCACUGGCUGCCUCAAGUAUACUUUCUUCCAUCGAAUGUUUGCACUCAUACAGAGAACUUAGAGUAUACGACACUCUAAGGAGAAGCAAAAUAGCAUUAACGAGUGCCUGUUCUUGUUAUUACCAUUUCCUAAAUGUAUUAGUAGGUGUGCAAUUUCAUUGGAUCUUUUUCUUUCUUUUUUUUUUUUCAAUUGUCUUUGUACCUAUGAUUGAAAACGGUAGUUGGUCUAUGACUUUUGAGGAGAGGGAGAACCGGAGAUUACAGGAGGCCAGCAUGAGGUUGGAACAAGAGAAUGAUGACCUUGCCCAUGAACUAGUAACCAGCAAAAUUGCCCUGAGGAAUGACUUGGAUCAGGCAGAAGACAAGGCCGAUGUGCUGAAUAAGGAGCUCCUCCUGACCAAACAGAGGCUGGUAGAGACUGAAGAAGAGAAGAGGAAGCAGGAGGAAGAGACCGCCCAGCUAAAAGAAGUCUUCAGGAAACAGCUAGAGAAGGCAGAAUAUGAAAUAAAGAAGACGACAGCUAUCAUUGCUGAGUAUAAACAGAUCUGUUCCCAGUUAAGCACCAGACUGGAGAAGCAGCAAGCAGCCAGCAAGGAGGAACUGGAAGUGGUGAAGGGUAAAAUGAUGGCAUGUAAACACUGUAGUGACAUUUUCAGCAAGGAGGGCGCUUUGAAACCAGCAGCCAUAAACAGAGAGGACCAGGGAAUCGAAUCGGACGAUGAGAAGGACUCACUUCGGAAGCAGCUGAGGGAGAUGGAGCUGGAAUUGGCACAAACCAAACUGCAGCUGGUGGAGGCCAAGUGUAAAAUCCAGGAACUGGAACAUCAGAGAGGGGCCCUUAUGAAUGAAAUCCAAGCUGCAAAAAACUCUUGGUUUAGUAAAACCCUGAACUCUAUCAAAACGGCCACAGGCACCCAGCCCCUGCCGCCGCCACAGGCCACCCAGCCACCCAAGGAGAGCACAUAGUUCCAGCCUCACCCCAGCACAAGAGCACAACGAUCAAAGCGACGGAAACCCAGGAGGACGCUCCCUGGUGUCCCUUUGAAGGAAAGCAAAGGAGGCCAGAAAGCAAGCCAGAUCUUUCAGUAGCUCUCUUUCUUGUAUGACACUUUCAAAGGAAUGGUAUUUAACCUGACCUGAUUUAUGUUGAAUACCUGUUUUCGAGCUUUUUCAUGGAAGUUCACGUUCAGAUCCGUCAGAGCAUAAUGCAUUAUUUUAUAUGCCUGAUGUUUAGUUGGAAAUAAGUAAUUCAGAACUAAAUGCUUUGUAUUUAGAACUAACUGUUCAUAAUUAUUUUUAUUUUACAUAAAAAUGGAGAUGUCUUUUAUUCCAAGGUUCAAGUGAUAGGAAGAUAUUUGUCACAGAAAAAAAAAAUUUGAGACCUAAACCUCGUAACUUUUCAGGAUUUCUUCAGAUAAAGCACACUGUGGGGCCGGUCACGACCAGUCAGGUUUCCUCCUGAAAGGGAUUCCCUGGAUAGCGAUAAUCCUGUCUGAAGGAAAGAACAGACCUGGGAUUGAACAGUCCCCAAAGAGAAUUAGUUUAUUUCAUUUUCUGUUGGGUACAUCUGGAAAUGAAGUGCCAAGAACCAUGGACUAAGAUAAGCUAUUGAGAAUACACAUCAGAUAAAAGGCACUGAGAUUGUGAUAAAUGCAGGAUGAAAUGAAUCACUUCGGCCCUGGUAUUCUAACAGGUCCUUUAAAGAACUCCAUUCGGGAAUUGCAAGUUCCUAAGUAUAAUACAGUGUGAGUUCUGGAAAACGGAAGGUCAGAAGUGGAUAUUGCGCAUUGUAGUCCUAGGGAGCCUUCACCAGAGAAAUGUAGGAAGGCCCAGGUUCAGCCAUUGUGUUCACACUGGAAUACAGAACCCGGGACAUUUACUGCUAAGGAAACACUAAUAUACUGUAAACCCUGCUAAGGUUGUGAAAUGGGAAACAGGUCAGCUUCACUUCAUCUCAGUUUUAAUGUUAGGCAACUUUUCCUGAUUUCUGUAGCUCCUAAAAGUGUGCCAUUGGGACCCCUAGAGGAAGAGAUGCAAAUGUGUUUGUAACAUUUUUGAUUGAAUCUGAAACCUUUAUAGAAAUACUUAUCGCUAGGAAAGGUAAAGAAAGCUAUUGUUUAAAUGUUGGUGGAGAUAUUUCUUUCAAUUAUAUUUCACGUCUAUAUAAAUAAUCUUUGCAGGAAAUCCUUUGGUAAGGGCAAAACUAAUUUUCUCAUUUUCUAAGCUAUUUUGGAGGCUUUUGGUCCUUUUACAACCAAACUACUGUCAGGUAUGUACAAUAACGUUUACUAAUACUCAUCCUUGGCUUUAUUGUUGAACAUAUUCUUUGCAAAGGAUCUUAAACUCUGUAUCACCAGAGUGAUUCUCAUCUGUGCCAUACAUACGUUGCAACACUCGCUUGGAAGUGAAAAUAAAGAAAGAGCCAUUUCAGCUUCAGGAGCGUGCACUAAAAUAGCUCCUGGUGGGUCCUUCCCUCUAAAAUGGUCAGUAAACUCUAAAAAGUGAAGUCCUCUUCACCGGAAGUGAAUCCUCUGCCACCCAUAAAGCUGCUAUGGCUGUUACCCUUGGUUACACUCAUUGAAUAAUCCUUUUCUUACACCAAUUUUUUUUUUUUUUUUGGUUCUGACAUUUUUCAUCAUACUAUUCUUUUCAUAAAAAAGGAAAAUAACCCCGCAUUCUGAGUCUGUGUUGACUGUAACAUUCCCUACAUGGUGGUUUUGAAAAACUAAUUUUUUUUUUUUUGUAUAAUUAUGGCC